AUGCCGUUACUCAACCUUAUUGGUGGUGAUCGGUGGGGCUCAGUGGAGAUUCGAAACUCCCAGCCUAAAAUGGACCAAUCUACUCUCAAGAAUACGCGGGCUUUGAUGCUGAACAACGCGACUGCCCGGUCUACCAUGACGGCCUGCCCUACAAGGACCGCUCUGGUGGAGAACAGAUCACCGCUAACGCAGGGCCACUCGAACACCAUUGAUUCGGAACACAACUGGUUUGGUGAAGCUGAGCAUUGA